CCAAAAGUCACAAAGAUAAGCUAAGUGUGAUACUUGACCUCCUCAUGUCAAACCUUGUCGAAGUUUUCUGAACAAGCACGCUGUCGUUAGGUGAAUGGUUAAACGCGGAAGUAAUACAGUUCGAGGACAAAGUUAAGGCCAGUUAACACGUAGCGUUCAAAAUGGGCGACAAACUACAUAAUAUUGUGCGGGCACUGUGGGUUUACCUGGUUUGCUGCUAUCAAGUUCUUUCGUUUGACGUGACAAAAUCUGGACAGGCAUAUAUCAGAGCAGGAUCACAAACUACUUUGACAUGUGAUUGGACGCCACCAGGUGGAAUUGGUCUUUUCAGAGUAAACUGGAGACAAGGUUCUACUGUGAUAGCAGCUGCUAUCACACCUGACUUUACACCACAAUAUCCUGUCUCAAGAGUAAGAGACCGUGUGGCGCUGGGCACUCUAACCUCCUCCAGUACCAGUACAUCAAUAACAUUAACAGGAUUACAGUGUCCAGGUGAUAUAGCAGAGUAUACCUGCGAGGUGCAGACUAAUCCAGUAAUAUUGGGCAACCACCAGGCAUCAUGA